ACCCUUGGAAGCGAACACCCGAUCAAAUUCAAUCGGCGAUGUAAGCGUAUCAGAUAACGCUUAAAAUGGCACCGCCGAAAAUUAGACACGCGGGUAAAAAUCAGACCCCGUCCGACGACAACUGUAAAAAGUACCUGAACGCGGCGUUCUUAAAACAGAUCGUCUUCGAUCCGCACCACUUGGGGCCAGUAUGUCUUUUUUUGUUUCUAUUCGAGGCCGCUUUGAACGUGUAUAUCAUAGAAAAAGUAAAAUAUACGGAAAUCGACUGGGUCGCUUACAUGCAAGAGGUCGAAGGAUUUUUGAACGGUACUUUGGACUACGAGUACCUGAAAGGUGAUACGGGGCCGUUGGUGUAUCCUGCCGGUUUCGUUUACGUAUAUGCGGCCCUGUAUUACGCAACAAGUCAUGGGAAAAAUAUAUACUUGGCCCAGUACAUAUUUUUGGUGCUCUAUUUAAUACAGACAGUUUUAAUACAUCGAAUUUACAGGAAAACGGCGAAAGUGCCGCCGUACGCUUUGGUCCUGGCCACCUUUACAUCUUACAGGAUCCAUUCGAUAUUCGUUUUGAGGCUUUUUAAUGAUCCAAUCGCGGUGUUGUUGUUCUAUGUAGGUCUCAAUUUUUUUAUUUCUGACCGAUGGAUUCUGGGAAGCGUUUUUUAUUCUCUCGCGGUGUCCGUUAAGAUGAACAUACUUUUAUAUGCCCCUUGUCUCCUAGUCGCCUAUUUAACUAACCUAACCUAUAUGGAAACCUUAGUCAACUUAUUUGUGUGUGGUUUUGUGCAGUUAGUUUUGGGCGCGCCUUUUCUGUACGACAAUCCGUGGUCAUAUAUUAAAUACAGUUUCAACUUCGGCAGAGUUUUCGAACACAAGUGGACUGUAAAUUACAGGUUCUUAACUAGAGACGCGUUUGAGCACAAAUAUUUCCACAUCGGAUUAUUGGUGCUGCACACAUUUUUGCUAGUCGUGUUCCUGCCACUUCUGAGACGGUAUUUGAGUAGUUACGCCAAACUAAAUUGCGUGACGGGCGGCCUAAAAGCUCAACUCGAGCAAGAGCGACACAGAAGGACUCUGGCUAAGAAAAAAGCCAACGAUCGUCUAAGCAAAAAAGAAAAAAUGCUGUUAGAUGCCUUCGACAACCAAUUAAGACGAAAGGAGGAGGAUACGUUCGAAGAAACAUCGAAAUUACAAGAUAAACUGUCGAAAAUAGCGCAGCUUUUCGUCUUACCGUUUUUCGUUACGAAUUUGAUAGGGAUCGCGUGCGCUAGAUCCCUACAUUAUCAGUUUUACAGUUGGUACUUUCACAGUUUGCUUUAUCUGGUGUUUUGCACGGAAUACCGUAAACCAUUUCGUUUUCUAUUGCUGGCCCUCGUGGAGUACUGCUGGAAUGUUUAUCCUAGCACGAAUUUGUCAAGCGCUUUGUUACAUUUAUGUCACGCAAGCUUGCUUUUCGGUGUUUAUAAGACGAUGAGAGCGUGAGCAACGAGCACAACAAUCAAAUUUGUCUUUUUGAUAUUUUAAGACGGUCUAGUAUUUUUUGUAAUGGAUGUGAACUAUUUUGGCAAUAAAUUUGUUUUUUAUUC